CAAUAACCCACUUUUUACGUUACGAUCUUCCCAGCUUCCCCCCUUUAACCCCAAAGUCUCCGGCAACGCAAAAUAGUCCAUAUUUAGCACAGAAUUCCGAUCACCGCCGUGCUCUGUCCAAAUUGACGGCCACCAUCCACCGUCUCCGCCCAUGAGUACUCCAGCAGUUCCGGGGGGGUCUGGGUUGUUUACUGGAUUCACCAAGCUAUGCAAGGGCUUAGCCGUUGUGCUGGUUGGCGGGCAUAUCUUGGUUCAGUUUUUUCCUGCAGUUGUUAACUACCUCGCUCUCAUUCCAACCAGGACAAUUCCUUUUGCCUGGAACCUCUUAACUGCUGGUUAUGUUGAACAGUCAGUAUAUGGGGUGGUUGCCAGCACAAUUGGUCUCCUUUUUGUUGGGAAGCUGCUUGAACCCAUAUGGGGCUCUAGGGAAUUUUUGAAAUUCAUCUUUGUAGUCAAUUUUCUAACUUCUUUAUGUGUCUUUAUCACAGCGAUUGCCCUGUACUAUAUCACGCAGGAGGAAAGUUAUCUCUAUAUGCCCAUAUCUGGUUUCUAUGGGAUUCUAGCUGGGUUCUUGGUUGGGAUCAAACAAAUCAUACCUGAUCAAGAGUUACCAUUAUUGAAACUAAGAGCUAAGUGGUUGCCAUCUCUUGCUUUAUUAGUAUCCAUUGCCGUAAGCUUUUGGACAGUAGGGGCAGCAACAUAUCUCCCAACAAUAAUAUUUGGAACAUACAUAAGCUGGAUUUAUCUGAGAUACUGGCAGAGGAAACCUGAAGCUAAACUGAAAGGCGAUCCAAGUGAUGAUUUUGCAUUCUCUACAUUCUUCCCAGAACUUUUACGGCCAGUCAUUGAUCCAGUUGCAUCAAUAUUUCAUCGUCUGCUUUGUGGAAGAUCUGAAUCUUCUAACAAUGCUGACGAUUAUACUGUUGGAGGCGCCCCGUUGCCUGGUUCAGACCCCAUUGAGGCAUCUCGGAGGAGAGAAAGGGGAGCUAGAGCUUUGGAAGAAAGACUGGCAGCAGAGAGAUUGGCUGCAGCCAGAAGUGCUCAAGAGUCGGGAAGAGAUGCGACCGAUAACGUCUGAUUGAUUAUAUUGUGGUCAUCUGAUAGAGUCUACGUUUGUCGAUUAAUUUGGGGAUUGUGCAGUAUAUCAAGAGGCCCUCUUUUCUUUAUUCUGAGAUGCAAUUUUGUUUUGCACAUUCCUAGUGUGGUCCCUACUCCUUGGGUUACAAAAAUGUUGCUUCUUUUGUGCUUUGCAGCAUUUGGGAUUUAUCUGUAUACAGCACCAAAUAUAUAGAGUAGAAUUUCUACAUAAGUUUCUCCCACUGCCUCGAAA